AUGGUUAUUUCUGAAAAUCGAUCCGAAGAAAAUCGACAUUUUCAAACAUGGCCUUUCCAUCGACAGUAUUCGAAUGGAAAUAAUAUCCAUAACAAUAUUUAUCAUAAUUCGGAACAGAAUUUAUCACAUGAUAAAUCAUUGAAAUCAAUAUUUAUGACUGAUGCAUCAAAAACUUUUGAAAAUCAUAUAAUAAUAUCAAUGGAUAGAGGAACGAUAGUAAACACAAGUUCUCAUGAAAAUUCACAGAAUCAUGAAGAUCUAUCCGAAUGUCCAAUAUGUUGUAGUAGUAUUCAAUUGAAUGAAUUAAAACAAAUGUCAUGUUGUUCAAUAAAACUCUGUUCACCAUGUUUUGUAACUCAUACUAUAACGAAUAUUCAAAAUGGAAAAGUUAAAAUUGAAUGUCCAGCAUGUUCACAAGAAAUAAAUUCAUUAACAAUAUUAUAUAAUAUUGAUAUACCAAUGCCUUUACGUGAACGUUAUCAAGAACUUUUAGCUCAAGAUUUAUCAGAAAAGCAAAAUACUUGUAUAAAAUUAUGCCCACAUUGUAAUUUUAUAACAAUCCUAGAUGAACAUCAUCCAAUAAGAGAUCGAAAAAAAUUUCGUCGUUCAUCACAACAAUGGGUACAUUGUGAACAAUGUGAUAAAGAAUGGUGCUGGUCAUGUUAUGCCCCAUCACAUCCAGAAGAAACAUGUCGUCAAUUUAAAAAAAAUCAUACUCAAUUAGAUAUGUGGGCAAACUCACGUCGUUUAGAUAAUCAACAACGAAAUGCUCAACGUUGUCCAAAAUGUUCAAUAUAUAUUGAAAAAAUUGAUGGAUGUGAUCAUAUGAUAUGUUCAAAAUGUAGUUCAAAAUUUUGUUAUCGUUGUGGUUCAAAAAUGAGAUUACCAAAUUAUAUUGGACAUGAUGCGAAAUAUUCUAUAUUUGGUUGUAAAUAUAAAUUAUUACCUAAUCAUUCAUUAUUACGUUGGUUUGUACGUGGAUCAAUAUUUACUGGUAUUGUUCUUCUAACACCAAUUGUACUUGCUAUUGCGAUUGCUAUUGUUGCUAUUGGUAUUCCAAUACUUCUAGUUGUUGGUUGUUGUGGUUUACCAAUAUAUGCAUAUACUCAAUAUAAGAAACGAUCUUAA